AUGCAGACAGGACCUGACUUAAACUGGAUGGAAUCAGGCCAGGCUUUGACCUUCAUCGGCCACCAGGAAACAGAAGGGAAAGGAAACGUGCACACAGGAGCAAAACCUCCGUGGCUAAUGGAGGAAGAGGAGGAUGGAAGUAAACAACAAAUCGGACCUUCGUAUGAGGAAUUUCUCAAACAAAAGGAGAAGCAGAAGCUGAAAAAGCUGCCAGCAGAGCGCGUUGGUGCCAACUUUGACCAUACCUCCCAGACAGGAGACAGCUGGCUCCCUUCCUUCGGGCGGGUUUGGAAUCACGGCAGGAGGUGGCAGUCCAGGCAUCAGUUUAGAACUGAAUCGGGGGAAAAGAAGAAAAAAAGGUGA